AUGGAAUAUUUCCCAGACCGCACUGGGGUUGAAAUCAUUGCUGAACUUGGGAGAUACUAUGCUGAAUCUGCAUUUUUAUCUGCUGCGAACAUCAUUUGCAAAAAAGAAGUGGUUCAAGAAGGUAUAUUUUUCUUAAUUUAGAACAUAAUAAUACAAAAGGGGAAGAUUUAUCAUUAUGCCAUAAAAUGUUGCAAAGCUGAAAAAAACUUAAUUAACCAACAAUAACAUAUAUCUGCUUAUUUUACUUGUUUCUUCGGUGAUUGUUUCAUAUUUAGUACUUUGCCCCUUUGUAACAAAUCAAUAUUUACAAUAUUUACAUAAUACUUUAAACCGUGAAAUAAUGAAUAUGGUCAAUAAAACCAUUACAGAACUUCUAGCACCUAUUAAAGUCUAUGGUGUGUAGAUUUGACUGCUGGAAAGGUCAGCUUAUCCUACAGAGAUCACUAAAAUACCAGAAAUAUAACUAUCUAAAUAUGUAAACAAACAAAAACACGUUUAUAGAGUACAAUGUAAAAUAGAACCUACUUAUCAGUCUGCAGCAUUGUAGACAGUGCUCUAUGAUUAAAACAAGAUUAGUAUAAAUUUUAUAUGCAAAGUGUUUAAUCUACUGCACCUCAUCACGGUCUUCAUAUAUAAUGCUUAACUGCAAUUAGAUUACUCUUGAGGCCAGCUUUUUUGUCUACUUAUUUACUUCAUCUCUGAUUUCUCUCCACAGGACCUGUGGGGAGAGCCUGUAAAAAACUUAUGUAUUAUUUAAAUGAUGGGGUGUUUGGAUCCCAUAAUAAUACCCUAUUUAAGAAGGAACCUGUAUGGCCUUGUCCAGUUAAAGUAAGUACUCAUGCUAUUUCUGACAAAUUUGUUCCUCUCAGGGAUCCAUUGAUGGAAAAUUACAUUCUAAAAUGUGCUGGGUGCAGUUAG